AUGUCUUCAAUUGCUGCUAUGGCCUCCCGCCGGGCCUUCGCCCGCCAGUCCUUCCUUCGCGCUCCCCCGCGCCGCUUCUACAGCUCCUCCAAGGUCGAGGAGGCUGGCCUCGACAAGGGCCCCAAGCGUGACCCCGAGCUCUACGUUCUGCUCGGUGUCAUGUCCGGUGCUUUCCUGCUUGCCGGAUGGUACUUCGGCAGAAAGCCCACCUCCGUCACCUCCGAGAGCAACGUCCGCAUUGGCGAGAGUGCCAUGCCCUGGGAGCAGGCCGACGAGAGUGGCAAGGUCUACAAGUACCAAUACCACCCCCACGGUGACAAGAGCCAGCCCCUGCGCAACGCCCCCAGCGCCUUGAACACUGUCAUUGUCCCCAACGUUACCCUGCCCGUGGACCUCCACGAGCGCUACAACAAGUACGGAAAGGAGGAGUGGGACUACUAA